GGAUUCCUUCGAGUUCGAAGAGGCGGUUGCUCGUGCUGAUGGCGGUGCGCUCGACGAGGAUCUCUUGUGCGCGUCGGACGCAGACAGUGAGGACGAUCAAGACGGCAAGAGCUCGCGCUUGAGCGACGUUGAGCUCCUCGCAGAGGAGUCCGACGACGACCUUGACGAGGAUGCAGCUGCUCUGAAGUACUCGGCCAUGGAACCUGUCGAGUUCAAGCGCCUGAUCGACAAACUCAAGGGUGGGAACACCAAGCAAUACCAGAAGAUGACGUGUUGGCUCCCACCGGGGCCGAGUGCACAAGAUGAGUUUGAGAGACACGCAGAUCACUGCGUGAAGAAAACCUGCAGUGGACAUGGAGGUGACAUUCGUGGUCGUCGUAUGUGCAGCUUGCUGGAGCAUGGCAUUGCCCUGCACACGGACUUCAGCGGUGCCCAGGGCGCAGAGAUGGCGAUGAAGAUGACGGAGCUCGCGCUACGACAAACAGGUCUCACGGUACCUUGGCUGCUGCUCUACAGGGCGUCCGAGUCGAACGCGAAGCUGGUCAAGAACAUUUGCAGCUUGGAUAACCCUCUGAGGCCUAAGCACGUGUACAAGAAGGUCGAGGAUAUUCACGAUCCCUCCAGGGUCUUGCCGCAGGUGUCGCCACUCCAUUCAAGUUUGCCGUUCUGGGAUAAGGUGGACCACAACGAGAAGCACAAAGAGGAGCUGAAGAAAAAUGACUGGGCAUUCUUCUGCAAGGGCAAGAUGUCCUACAAGUGCCUCGUGCAUGACGGCGCCAUGUGCCCGUGCCGAUUUGGUGAGGAUAAGUUCGAUGAGGAUGACUUCUUCAACGCGCCUACGCCCUUGACCAUGAACUGGAGUGGGCCUCAGUGUCAACCGUGGUGUACAGGAGGUGUCAAGGACGGGAUUGCCCACAAGUCCAUCAGCUCAUUCAACAUGUGGCUCGAAGAAGCCAAGUUGUUCGACAUCGUGCUACUGGAGGAGUCCGACCACUUCCCGAUGGAGCUCCUGAUCGCAGGCCUUUCGGCGACGCACAAGGUGAUCUACGCGAUCUUCUCGCCGACGGAUCUUGGCUGGCCUACCGCCCGCUCGCGAGUUCGGGCUGCUGCUCUCCGCCACGAAACCCUUGUCUGGACUGGGCACAAGGGGCCGCGUGUGGCCGACGCGUUUCUGAACAUCUACCGCGAGAAAGUCGUCAGCACGGCCAGCGUCUUCUGCCAGUUAGACACCCCUGAGGAGAUCCAGAAGAACCUGAAGACGCAGUCCAAGCAGUCCAAACAGUCCCAAACAGUCCCGAACUAUGCGUUCGAGGCGCUGUCGCCGAGCGCUGCCGACUUUCUGCUUGGAUACCAUGCGCUAGCACAGACACGCGAGGCACCGGAUUGCAACCGCCUGGUCGUUGAUGUCAGCAGCAACCCGCAAGGUCAUAGCCGAAUGUCCCUCUGGAUCCCCACAGUGCGACGCAGUUCGCAGAUGGUUAGCAUCAACAUCGGGGACGCGAACAAAGAUCACAUCUACACGCCGAAGGAGAUGGCAUUUCCGCAGGGCUGGCCGACUUUCUCAAAGAAUCCUGAGCUACGUGAUCUGCUCCCUUUCGACAUCUCUGAGAUGACCCAGACCUUGGGUAAGACUACGUUGGGCAACGGGGUGCACCUGGUUGCCGAGGAGUCGUGGUUCUGCUUCGUGGCAAGCCACACGAUCAGGAGGGACGUGGUAAACAACAUGUGCCCGCCCAUCAACUUCAAGUGGAAGAACAUCAUGGAGGAUGACGAUGAGGCAGGCCGGGCGUCCAAGGCAGCGGCCAGUGGCUCGAAGAAGCCAGGGCCCUAG